GGGUUCCAGAAGCCUGUGGCAGUUGAAGUCUGCCAGGGCGUAUCCAGCCCAGGCCAUGGUGGGGAGGGAGGUGUACUCACAAACCUGACGUUUGGGCCUGGGAAGCACCCACUGCUGCCGCUUCUCCCUCAAGGCCUCUAAAGCCCAAGGUGUGUGAGAAGGUAGAGAAGUGGCCCCAGUCUCUCUGGCUUGCUUUCGCCACCGUCCCCUUUCUGCAGAUGGCUUCUCUCCAUCAGACCAGCUGGGCAGAUCAUGGCGACCAGAACUCAGAAGUUCAAAGCGUUUGUGUCUGAGCCGAUGGGCGAUAAGGACGUUACGGCAGUGGAUGGCAUUAACGACGAGCUUGGGCUAAAAUUAGCCGCAAAGGGUUUUGACAAGGCAUACAUCCUUCUGGGCCAAUUCCUCCUGUUAAAAAAGGACCAUGCGGUUUUCCAAAGGUGGCUGAAAGGGGCGUAUGGAGCCAGUCCGAGCCAGGCUCAGCGGUGCGCCUCCUGUCUCAUGGACUGGUGCUACGCUUUCCUCUAGGGAGCUGGCUGCUCAGCCCUCAUGGUGUGUUCUGCAGCCUGCAAUAAAGUCUCUCCU